AUGAUAUACUACCUCAUUUUAUUUUCUUGGACAAGUGUUUCUUUUUCUUUAGAGCAUCAAACAAGUUGCAACAAUGUCAACAACUCUACUCAGGAUUAUCAGAUUCUUUAUAGUUACUUAACUGGAACCGGAGCGCACAAUUUCAGCGAAUCCGUCACUAUAGGAUUCUUGGGAGCUUACGGCCAAGCUCAGGUGGUUUUGGGAGCUUUGCCACUAGCAGUCGAGGCGGUCAAUGAGGAUGCAGAUUUAUUACCAGGACGUCGUUUAAGCUAUGUGGCAGCCGACAUUGGAACAAAUUCUCCAGGCUUAAGUCGAAGCAAAUCGUCUUUGGCAGCUCAAGCCAUCCGAGUGAUGACCGAGAUGAGAGACAACGGAACUGUCGCUUUCAUCGGCCCCGAUGAUACUUGCUCCAGUGAGGCGUUAGUUGCCGCCGCCUGGAACUUGCCGAUGAUAUCCUAUAAAUGUAGUGAUACACGUGUGUCUGACAAGAAGGUUUUCUUUACAUUUGCCAGAACUUUGCCACCAUCGAGCAAAGUGUCAAAAAGCGUCGUUGCUUUAUUGCGAGCUUUCCAGUGGCAUCGUUUCGUGGUCGUUUCGGGCACGCAUCCAGCUUCUGCAAGCGAGGUCCAGGAAGCAAUUGAGGAACUUUCGAUCAUUCAUGGGUUGACUGUCACCGAUAUUAAACAAUAUUCAGAUUAUAUUCCUCAUUAUAUUGAACAGAUGGACAACAUAGUUGCUGAUACCUACAUGAAAACUCGAGUAUAUGUCUUCGUCGGUGAACACAUCGCAUUAAUCGACUUCAUCAAGUGCUUACAAAGGCGUAAACUCUUAGACACGGGAGAUUAUGUUGUGAUAUCUGUCGAUGACGAAAUUUAUGACCCCAAUAGAAGAAUCAAGAUUAUUAGACGAGACUAUCUCGAUCCUUUCCUCAGUGAAACAUGGGGCAACGUUAGCGAUGUAAUGGGUUUCAGAUCGGUGCUCAAACUCACUCCAUCUCAUCCACGCAAUCCGAAAUACAAAUACGUGUGUGAAAAGAUUAAAGCUUCUUCAGCUAAGCCACCAUUCUGUGUCCCCUAUCAUCAUAAAAUAUUUGACAGUAUAUCGGUCCCCAUCCAGGCGGCUUAUUUAUACGAUGCUGUCAUGAUUUAUGCUAGGGCUUUGACUGAAGUCUUUCAAAACAACGAAGAUCCUAGGAAUGGGACGGCCGUGUUACGUCGAAUAGUCAACAGAUCCUACCACUCAAUUCAAGGAUACGACGUUUUUAUUGAUGGAAACGGAGAUGCUGAAGGUAAUUUCACAGUCGUCGCUUUGUUGGAUGAUCAAGAAAUGAAUGGAACUUUACGGAUGAGCAUGCAACCUGUUGGUUAUUUCCAAUACAAAUUAAAUGGUAGCAACAUGUCGACGGCACUUCCAGAGUUUAAAUACUUGGACAUGGACCGACCUAUUCAGUGGGUAGGGGGAAAAUUGCCUAGAGCAGAACCGAAAUGUGGUUUUAAUGGAGAAAAAUGCAUUUAUAAAAUUGAUUGGAGAUUUCUUGCCAGCAUGUCACUGAUGUCUCUGAUUGUAUUAAUUGGUAUACUCUUCUGCGUAAAACACUAUCGUUAUGAACACAAAUUGGCCUGUCUUUUGUGGAAAAUUGAUAUGAGGGACGUGACUAUAAUACCCACGGAAACUACAGAAUUAUCUAACAAAAAUAUGAUACAAGUAUGUCGGCAUAGUGUGUUCCAAGCUCCUAGCAGUAGCAUAGCCGAAUUAGCCGAAACGUCACCCAAGCGAGCAUAUACAGAUAUUGGAUUAUAUAAAGGCAACAUAGUUGCUAUAAAAUAUUUAAAAAAGAAAUCAGUGGAUCUUACAAGGUCUAUAAGGAAAGAGUUGAAACAAAUUCGAGAAGUGAGACAUGAGAAUUUAAUUCCAUUUAUUGGAGCCAGUGUCGAUCAUGGCAGUGUGGCUGUUUUAACUGCCUACAGUGCAAGAGGGAGUUUAGAAGAUGUUUUAGCCAAUGACGAUCUUCAUUUAGACAAUAUGUUUGUGUCAUCUUUGGUCACAGACAUACUUAAAGGAAUGAUUUAUCUUCACGACAGUGAAAUAAUUUCUCACGGCAACUUAAGAUCUAGCAACUGUUUAAUUGACAGCAGAUGGGUGUUGCAAAUCACUGAUUUUGGUUUACAUGAAUUCAAAGCAGGUCAAGAAGACCUUGAAAUGCAAAUCAAAAACUUAAGAAGAUCGAUGUGGAAAGCACCAGAAUUAUUACGAGAUCCAGCUCCACCAACUCGAGGCACACAAAAAGGGGAUGUUUAUUCUUUUGGUAUCGUUCUGUACGAAAUUAUUGGACGAAGAGGACCAUGGGGCAGGUUAAACUUAGAACCAGCUGAAAUAGUAAGGCAAGUAAGAGAAAUCAGAGACGUACCGUUGCGGCCGCCGCUUGAAAAUUUAGAGGCUGCCGAUUAUAUAAUCAAAUGUAUGAAAGCUUGCUGGCAUGAAGAACCAGAUCAAAGACCAGAUAUUAGAUAUGUUAGAGUGAGACUUAAGGAGAUGCAAGCCGGGCUUAAAGCUAAUAUUUUCGAUAAUAUGCUUGCCAUAAUGGAGAAAUAUGCGUACAACUUAGAAGGUCUAGUUCAAGAAAGAACAAAUCAGCUGACCGAAGAAAAAAAGAAAACUGAAGCUUUACUUCAUAGAAUGCUUCCAAAGUCCGUCGCCGAAGCGUUGAAGCGAGGAGAUCGUGUGGAAGCCGAAAGCUUUGACUGCGUAACAAUUUAUUUUAGUGACAUUGUUGGCUUUACAGAAUUAUCAGCAGUAAGCACACCCCUUCAAGUGAUAGAUUUAUUAAAUGAUCUCUAUACAUGUUUUGAUUCAAUAAUUUCGCAUUAUGAUGUCUACAAAGUUGAAACUAUAGGAGAUGCAUAUAUGGUAGUAAGUGGACUUCCAAUAAGAAAUGGCGAUCGACAUGCUGGUGAAAUAGCUUCAAUGGCGCUUCAUUUGCUUAGUAAAAUAAGAAAAUUUGAAAUUAAACAUAGGCAAGGGGAAGUUCUUCAGCUUAGAAUUGGAAUACAUUCUGGACAUUGCGUUGCUGGAGUUGUCGGACUGAAGAUGCCUAGAUAUUGUUUAUUUGGAGACACUGUUAAUACAGCCUCAAGAAUGGAAAGCUCAGGGGAAGCUUUCAAAAUCCACAUAUCUCAUGCGACUUUUGAGCUUUUACAGAAACUUGGAGGCUAUAGGUGCGACGAAAGGGGUGUUAUUCCCAUUAAGGGAAAGGGAGAAAUGCGUACCUAUUGGUUAGUUGGAGAAGAUCCUGCACAGAGACUAGCAAGAAUUCGAGAGGAAAUUGUGGGUUCUUCAUUAUUCAGCAGCAUAAGUUCGGACAGGUUAAGUGAAACUCCUGAUUUAUUACGUCAACCUGGUGUCAACUUUUCAAUUGAUGGUGCGCAAUUUCCUCAGCACUCCUGUGCUUUAUUACAAUUACAUCAACGUGCUAGAGAAGCUUAUUCUAUGCAUUACAGUCAGGAGAAUUUAACGGCGGGUGAUUUAAGAAGACAUUUUCAGUCGCAUUGUUAUCAUAAUCGAAAUCCAAGAUCAGCUCCUGCCAUUACCUUUACAGAUUUAAAUUAUCGUUAUAUGUAA